CCCGGCGCGAUGCACUGCUGCGGGGAGCGGUACAAACCCCUGUACCUGCCGGGGCCCGCCUACGGCACCGACACCGUCCAGCCGUGCCCGGCGCGGGCCGACGGCUGCGGGGGCACCUGCCACCCCCUGAGCAUCAUCAAGGGCCCGGCGCCCCGCUGGCAGAGCUACCCCCAGCCCCUCACCUACGUGUGCCCCCCGCCCGCCGUGAGCCAGCCCUCCCUGCUGCCGUGCCAGCCCUCCCUGCUGCCGUGCCAGCCCUACGUGCAGAAGUGCCUGCUGCUGUACUCCGAGCCCUGCGAGACCACCCGGCUGCUGCCCAGCGUCAGGUUCGGCCCCGGGCAGAGCUGCCAGCCCUGCGAGACCGCCGGGCCCGACAAGAAGCGGGUGGCCAAGAGCCUCCCCCCGUGCGUCACCCGGUGCCCGGAGCCGGGCAAGCUGCGGUUCCCCCCGUGCGCCAUCCGGUACUCGGCGUCGUGCCGGGCCGGGGGAAGGUCCCCCCGCCUGGCCAAGAGCUCCUCGCGCUGGUUCGGCCCCGACCUGCGGCCGCCCGCGCUCCCCGGCUACUCCCUGCCCCUGGGGGGGGUCACCGAGUGCCCCCCGCAGCCCUGCAUCGCCCGCCCCUGCCCGCAGGAGUACGCGGGGGGCUUCCCCCAGCACAAGUGCACCAAGGGCUACCCCACCCAGGAGUGCGCGCCCACCCCCUCGGCCGAGCAGCGCCUCGCCAAGGGCCCCCCCGAGCCGCGGGCCACCAAGUGUCCCCCCGGGAAGGGGCUCAAGGAGUGUCCGGCGCAGAAAUCGGCCGCCAAAAGCUCGCUGCCGCAAGAGGGAGCGAAGGCCAAGGGCUCCUCCGCGCAGCACCUGAGCAAGAGCCGCUGCCUGUACCCGCGGGCCCCCCAUCGCCCCGGGCACCACCACCCCGCGGCGGCCAAGCGCUCCAGCCACCCCAAAAAGAGCCGCUGCGCUUCCAAGUGGAUCUGGUGAAGGCGGAGGCUGCGGGACCCCUCGGGAAGCAGCUGCGAACCCAGCGAGACGCGUGGCUGAGGGCUGAGGUUCCUGCCCCGCCUCCCCCCGCUCCCGUUCCCGAGCCCCGCAGGAGCCUCGGCCGCGUUUCCCCCCUCCCUGGUCGUACCCGUGUCCAGCUCGUUCGGUGCCUUCCCUUCCUUCUCGGACCACAAUUCGGCUGUCCCUGCCCCGGAGAAGGUGCUGGGGAGAAGUUUGGCAGCUCU